CGGAUUUUGACAGUAAAUAUAUUCGUUUUGUUGCCUACGAUAUUUCGUUCGUAUCAUAUACAUUAGUUUCCUUUGUAAAGUGAUUCGUUUAACACGCGACUUUUAUUAUUCACUCUCAGUGCGUAACUUACGGUGUCUUCAGACAUUUUUAUUUGAUUUUUGGGAAAAAAAAGUAUCAAUAACUACAACGCAUCAACAUGUCAGCUCCAACUGAAAUUAACGGAUAUAAAUUGGGCAAAGUGAUUAUCGAAGGAAAGACAAAGGCUGUCUACGAUUUGCCAAACAAUACUGGUCUUUGUUUGCUUUUGAAUAAGGAUCGUAUCACAGCCGGUGAUGGUGUUAAGAAACACGAUUUGGCGGGAAAAGCGGCUAUUUCGAAUGCAACCAAUGGCAAAGUUUUCUCCAUUUUGAAUGAAGCCGGAAUGAAAACUGCCUACGUAAGCCAGGUGUCACCAACCGCUUUUGUUGCACGCAAAUGUGAAAUGAUCCCAAUUGAAUGGGUUUGUCGUCGCCUAGCAACUGGAUCAUUCUGUAAACGUUAUCCAUCGGUUAAAGAAGGUUAUCGUUUUGCACCACCAAAACAAGAGACCUUCUUCAAGGAUGAUGCAAAUCACGAUCCACAAUGGACUGAAGAGGAAAUCAUUACGGCUGGUUUCGAGUUCAAUGGCCGUAAAAUCGGUCGCAGCGAGGUUGACACUAUGCGCGAGACCACAAUCGUUGUGUUCGAAAUUCUCGAAAAAGCAUGGGCCUACCGUAAAUGUGCAUUGAUUGACAUGAAAAUCGAAUUCGGUGUCGAUGAACAAGGACAAAUUCUCUUGGCUGAUGUGAUCGAUUCAGAUUCAUGGCGUCUCUGGCCAGCAGGCGACAAACGUUUGAUGGUUGACAAACAAGUGUAUCGUAAUUUGACCACAGUCACUCAAGAUGAUUUGGAAACGGUCAAACGGAACUUCGAAUGGAUCUCCGAACAAUUGGACAACAUCGUUCCACCAAAUGAUCACCUUGUUGUCAUUCUGAUGGGUAGCCCAUCUGAUACUGAACACUGCGAGAAAAUCGCCAAAUGUUGCAAAAGUCUUGGCUUAAAUGUUGAAUUGCGUGUCACAUCGGCACAUAAAAGUACACAAGAUACAAUUCAAAUUCUUCGUGAAUACGAAAGUCUUUUCAAUAAUUUGGUAUUCAUUGCUGUGGCCGGCCGAUCAAAUGGUUUAGGACCAGUUCUGUCCGGAAAUACAGACUAUCCCGUUAUCAAUUGUCCACCAGUCAAAAGCGACAAUGUUAACAUUGACAUUUGGUCAUCAUUGAAUGUUCCAUCCGGUUUGGGAUGCGGAACUGUCAUUUAUCCAGAAGCAGCUGCUCUCAAUGCCGCACAAAUCUUAGGCAUCACCAACUACUCGAUUUGGGCCAAACUUCGUGUCAAACGAUUGAGCAACAUUGUCAACUUGAAACAAUCCGAUGAACUUAUCCGUGGUCUUCACACUGUAACCGUUCACAAAUAAAAUGUACUCCUUUUACUUUUCAAAUUAAUCGAAUGCAUCAAUGUAUUCAAUCACAAAAUUGAAACUCAUUAAAAAAAAUAAAUACUUUUAUAUGCCAAAUUCAAUAAAUCUUCUUUGGAAUGCUUAAAAAGAAGAUUGUUUACCUUUAGAAGAUUUACUGCCAUUAUUUCAAAGGAAGAAGUUAAAAAAAUACAAUAUUUCUCGAAA